GAACUUUCCUCUCCAGCCCUGUGCUCUUGGGAUGUUACAGGUCACACGCUGAUAUUAAAGGGACCCUUCUGUCUUCGUCAGCUGGCCAGAUCGAAAGAGCUUAGUGGACCGAUCUUACGGCCAGAGCCUUCAGGACACUGCAAGGGAAGAUUCCUUGCCCUGACCCCCAGACUCCUUCCAUGCCCAUGCAGCGGGGGGCACACACCUCUGUACAGGCACUCCUCUGUUUUUCAGAUUUCUUCGCCGGGUCUGCACUUGACAUGCUCUGCGCUGGAAGAGUGGAGCCAUAAGAGAAGGGGGUGAGUCUCCAGGAUUGCCUCCAGGCCAGAACUUCGUAGAGCUUUUCCAGGCUCCGGCGGCUUGGAUGUGAACCCGCCCGAGUUGUUGACAUUGAAGGCAGACGCGCUGUCAAGUGACUCCCAGCAGCUGCUCCUGGAGGUUUCCGCGGGGUCUCGCGUGGAAGGGCUUUGCCUGUUGUGAAGAUGUCCAUGGUGUUGCUGUGAAGCUGAGGUAUGGCUGCGGGAAGGUUACUGCUCUAUGCUGGCCUCUCUCUAGCUUUGUGUGCCCUGGGCAUGCUGGCGGUGGCAAUCUGCUCCGACCACUGGUAUGAAACGGACGCCAGGAAGCACAGAGAGAGGUGCAAAAGCUUCACCACCAGGAGAAACGACCCUGGCUUCAUUUACAACUCCAACAACAACCUGCCUCUGAGGGCCAGCAGAUCUAGGUUGGACCGCUGGGAAGGGAAACUCCUCUUGGCAAGGAACAGGAGGCAGCUCUUUGCAAUGAGCGCCGCCGAUGAGUGCAACAGACAGUACAACUCAACCAACAUGGGGCUCUGGAGGAAAUGCCACAGACUGGGCUUCGACCAAGAACUGGAGGAGCUGAUUGCCAAAGGAGCAAUUGAUCAGUGCACGUACAUCAAGUACCACUACUCCUCAGCAACAAUUCCCAAGAACCUCACCUACAACAUCACCAAGACAAUCCGCCAGGAUGAGUGGCAUGCCUUGCACCUGCGUAGGAUGACGGCUGGCUUUAUGGGCAUGGCUGUGGCCAUCAUCCUCUUUGGAUGGAUUAUCGGGGUGCUGGGGUGCUGCUGGGAUCGAGGCCUUAUGCAGUAUGUAGCAGGGCUUCUCUUCCUCAUGGGAGGUACCUUCUGCAUCAUUUCACUGUGCACUUGCGUGGCUGGAAUCAACUUCGAGCUCUCCCGCUACCCCCGCUACCUGUACGGACUUCCCGAUGACAUCAGUCAUGGCUACGGCUGGUCCAUGUUCUGUGCGUGGGGAGGCCUGGGCCUCACUCUUAUAUCGGGCUUCUUCUGCACCCUGGCCCCUUCUGUCCAACCUGUCCCCAGGACCAACUGCCCCAAAUCCAGACCUGAGAAUGGGACAGUGUGCUAAAAUAAAUAAAUAAACAAAUGUGUGUAUAUAUAUAUAUGUAUACACAUACAUACAUAUAUAUAUAUGUAUAGAUAUAUUUAUCUCAAACUGAUGCCAGUGCCAAGGUAGAGCUCAGUUCAACAUGGCACCUGCAUCUCCACAGGACUUUCUGUUGCUUCGUUCUUUCUCACAGAGAUGGGAAAGCUUUUCUGUAACAUGGCUCUUCCAUCUAACUCUUAACUUCAGUAUCAUAAUGUAAAGGUCAAGUGAAAAUACUGUUGCAUCUAUCUACUGCCACCUGGGGUGGGUGGGGAAGCAGUUUAUAUGGAGGAUGUGAAACCUGAGUCUGUACAGGACGUGGGGAACCAAAAACUAUCAACUGCAAGGCAAGAGGAGAAUACAAGCAACAAGCAAAGAAAUGAAUCAACCAUCUGAGUCACCUCUAGAAUGUAACCUCCUCGAGGCCAUUUUCAAACCCCUAACACCUUUAAAAAAACAAACUGUCCCAUCAUUAUUUUUCUUCCUGCCUAAAAAAGCGGGGGGGAGGAAGCAUUUUCUCUUUGCCUGCCAAACUUUAAAAAAAAAAACAAAUAAAAUAAAUAUGGAACAACAAACAAACAAACAAAAAAGAAAAAAACCAUGAGGACAUUUCAGCGGAUGUUCUAACAAUGCCGUUUUAAUCUUCCAGCUGCCUUACAUCCAGGCUUAACACGGAGGCUGAACUGCUAACAGAGACGCAGUGGGGGGCCUUUUGAAAAUGCUGUGAUACAUGUGUGUAUAACUCUAUUUUCCCUUCUUUUUUUUUUAACAAAAAGAAAAAUUUAAAAACAUUGAAAUGUGAUCGUCUAUAAUCCAUCCAUGCUGUGUUUGUAGCCCAAGGAAGAGGCAUCAAGACUGCAGAAGUGCGAGGGAAGGCACGAGUUCUGAGACAGCCGGUCUCCUUCGCUGGAGGUUGUUGGUUUUUUUCAAACGGAACAAUGGAAAAUUCAGGAUGGUGGAUACCAGGAAAGAACCAUCCGGGGGAAGGGAGGUGGGAUAGCCCUUGCAGUUGAUUUUCCUGAAUAUUUAUUUGAGUAGGAUUUGUUUUAUUUUCCGUUUUGGAAAUUAAAGAUCAUUGGGCAAAAGCCAUUGCGGAGGAGAAAAGGGGGACAAGUUUUUGUAAGGGAGAAAUAAGUGGUGCCUCUUGUUGUGUCCAGGUAUGCCAAAAAAGACUUUCCCACAUCUUGUCAUUGGAAACUGCCCCAUUUCACUGGACAUCUCUUCUUUCCAUUUGGGAGAACAAUCUAUACAGAUGGAAUAGAAUGGGUCAGAUGCAGAGAAUGAAAAUCCAUUCCCCAUGAGCUCAAGUCUUGUAUGAUAUAGUUGUGAAUCCACAAUUAGAAUUCUCUCUCUUUUUCUGUGUGUGUGUCUUUCUCUUUUUCCUGCUUCUGCCCUAUCUGCCAUCCCCUUUCUACUCUGCUCCUCUCAUUGUGCAGCUCAUAGAUCCCAGAACAGCUAAUUUAGCAGCUAAAACUCAACUGGGGAGGAAUAAAUCAUCCAGGGAAGCUAAAUUUCACCUGAAAUUCCAGUAGUUCCUACUGUGGAAGGUGUGGCUGGAAGGAAUGCAGGGGAGAAGGCUCCAAUAGAGUAACUAAAGUGGAGUCAGAGGGUGCUCUCACUGAAUAGCCAUGUGAAGGAGUGUAGAGAACCACUUCCUUGAGGCAUUUACUGACAAAUGUGCAGGGAGGGGAGAAGGGGUAUGAAAAAACAGUUGUUAAUUCAAGACCAAUCUCUGCAACCAUUUGUUACAUGAAUAGAUCACGUCACAUGUCCUAGUUGGUCGAUAGAUAACAAACAUCCAUGGCAUCUAAGCAAAAAUAAUUGGCAGAAGAGGCAAUCCAUUUGAAACAGAAUUUGCUCCAGAAAAAAAAGGACGUGUUGACUUCUAGGCCUAUAGUGCUGCGGGGAGACAGUGUUUUGCCUACUUUUAAAAAAAACAGUCAUUCUCAUACAAUACAAUUAUAGAGACAUUGUCAGUCGUUCCCUGCACCCUCUCUCCUUUCCCUUCCUCUAGGUCUUUUUGUUGAUUUUGUUUUAUUAAUCUGGCCCAAAGAAAUGAAGACUCUUGGGGUAUUUCAGAGUAGGAUUGAUUUGUUUAUCUUUUAUUCUCACUAAGCUGUUUGUUUUUUUGUUAGCUUGAUUUGGCUUUUACAUAUUCCACAAUCAAGCAAAUCCAAGCUGCCAAAGGAGUGUGUUCACACUAAAGUGCCACCUUCUGUAGGUGAGUUUUCAUUCAUUUCGCUUGCAAACGGAGCUGGUUGAAACAUUUAAAAAAAUUGAAGAGUUUUGGUUUCUAAAUGGACCAAUUUUUUGGUUUUUAAUUUUUUUUUGGCAAUUUUUAAAAAUUAAAGUGCUUUCAAAAAUCAUGGUUUUGUAAAUAAAACUGGUCAAUUUUCAAAAUUCCUACCAUAUGACUAAGCUGACUAAUUAACAUUGGUAAAAGGGGGAAAAAUAAGAAAACACAGAAAAUUAAAAAUAACUGAAAGCAAAAAAUAAUAAAUGGAAAACAAAAACAACCAUUGAAAAAAUGAAAAGUUUUUAGAGAAAAUGUUUGAAACGUAUUGACAUUUUUGAGCAAACCGAUAUUUUUGUGAAAAAAAAUCAUUUUUUAAAAAAAAGGCCACAUUUCAUUGAAACAAUUUUUGAACAAAACCUCUCCACCACCUCUAUGGUGGGUAUGUUAGUAGAACCCUUAUAUGUAAGUACUUAUAUUUGAUGUGCCUUGGGUAGGAUCAAAGUGCACAGAGAGUACCUGCUCCACUCCACCAUCAGCUAUCAUGGCCUGGAAAGCACCACACAGCCGGCUCAUUGUGGUAUGAUCAGUGACAGCUCAUGGGUUCUUUUGUCGAUGGAUUUUCAAAAGAGGCAUAGCAGCAAAAUGUAAAGAGGCAGAAAUCAGUUCUACUGUUCUGUGAGCUCCUCGGUCUUUCUUUCUUCCUGCACCUGGGAUAAAAAUAGUCCUGCCUUUAUGAUGAUGUACUUUGAAGCUGGCAAUUUACAAAAUGUAUGUGAAUUUGUGUAUAUGUGUGUGGGGAGGGAGGGGGCAGUUACAUUCAUUUUGCUUUAAAGAAGAAAAGAAGUGUUAACUCUGGAGACUUGGCCCAAUUCUCUGAUUAUCUACUCACUAGCCUAUGCCUUCCAAGACCUGCCCUAGGGGUGGGUAAUAUAAGUGGGCACCCACUAUGUAAAAAAUUAUGUGGACAGCCAUUGACGUGACAGGUGAAUAUUUAUCCUUAAUUGCUUAAUUUUUAGUGUGUGCCAAACUCUGGCUUGUAGAAGGAGCCAUUUUUCAAGAGGGCAGUUCUCCCACCCUCUUCCCCAGAAUCAGGACAGGAACCCUACGGAGUAUUCAGAAUUCCACUCAAUCCCAGGAACAGAGUGCAAGACACCUAAGUAUUUAUUUAUACAUUAUCAGGGAUCAGAGCCUUUGUCAUGCUUUCUAUUGGCUCAGACUGGAAUUCUGAAUCUCCACAUGCUCAGUUUUUGAUCAAGGGUUAUUUUAAAAUUCACACCUGAAGCCAGAUCCAAAGGUUGUGAUUACUGUCUAAUUCUAUAAUGGGCCAAAGCAGAACCCCCAAUUCUGAACCCACUCUGAAUUUUAGGAAAGCUUUGAAAUGUGUUCCUGAAACUACAACCAGAUGUGACUCAGGCUCAUCUCUAGUUUCUAGGCUUCAGAAGUAGUUCUGAAUUGGUUGACAGUGAUCUCAAUUUUAAGGACCCGUGACUUGAUCCUGCCAUGUGCUGAACACUCUAUCCUAAUUCAGCAAAGCACUUAAGCAUGUUCUCAACUUGAAGCAUGUAAGUAAUGCUACUGACUCCUCACAUGCUUAAAGUGCUUUACUGCAUCAGGU